AUGGCGACGUCAAUUGGUGGUGGUUUGCCACAAAAGAAAACUGUAUAUAAAAUUGCAGAACAGUUGCAAAAAUUAGCACACCAAGAAGCAAAAAAUCGAUUGGACAAUGAUAUUAAUAAAUUGAAAGGAAAUCCAAGAAACGGUAAAUAUACCCAAAGGGGUGAAGCAAAAAAUCUGCAAGAAGAUUUUUGUAACAUUGACAAAACAUAUUCCAAUGAUAAACGUUCUUCUAAUGAAGGACCAUGUCAUGGAAAAGGUGAUCGAUUUAAAAUAGGAGAUACAUGGAAAAGUGGCAAUUAUGUAAAUAAUAUACACCAUGACGUCUAUUUGCCUCCGAGACGUGAACAUAUUUGUACCUCAAAUUUAGAAAAUUUAGAUGUUGAUAGUAAGGGAGGUCCACUUACUGGUGGCGGUAAAGGUGAUGAUGGUAAUCUUGUUAAUAAUUCUUUUUUGGGUGAUGUUCUGCUAGCAGCAAAAUAUGAAGCACAACGAACAAAGGAGCACUAUAAAAAUCUAAAUGAUGAUCCCGCUGCGUGCCGGGCUGUUCGUCGCAGUUUUGCAGAUAUAGGAGAUAUAAUCCGAGGUAGAGAUAUAUGGGAACAUGAAGAUUUUAAAAGAGUAGAAGGAUAUUUACAAAAAAUAUUUGAAAAAAUUAAAGAUAAACAUCCUAACAUCAAAGGAAACACCCAAUAUAACGACAAUACAAAAAAAUUUUUAGAAUUACGUGAAGAUUGGUGGGAAGCUAAUAGAGAUCAAGUUUGGAAAGCAAUCAAAUGUGUAGUAAAAAAUUUACAUGCCUUUUCGUCUGACGAAACACAAGGUCACGGUGGCAGUUAUAGCGCACAAGGUUACUGCGGUUUCGGCGAUAGUGGUAUGCCUGUGGAUGAUUACAUACCACAAAAACUGAGAUGGAUGACGGAAUGGGCAGAAUGGUUUUGCAAGAAACAAAAAAUGGAUUAUGAAUCGCUGAGUGAUAGUUGUGCAAAAUGUAAGAGUAAUGAUCCCUCUAAUGGAGAAUGUAUGAAAGACAGUGGUGAUUGUAGGAAAUGCACAAAAAUGUGCAACGAAUAUAAAGAUUUUGUUAAAGAUUGGAAAAAACAGUGGGAGGAUCAAUCAAAAAAAUACUCAGAAUAUAUGACUAAAGUAAAAAAUGGUGUUAAUAGUAGUAGUGGUAAUGGAAGUGAGAAACAACUCCUAAAAUUUUUACAAACACUUAAUGAAAAAAGCAAAGCUGAUUAUGAUACCUCCGCAGGGUAUAUAAAAGAGGAGGGAAGAUUCGAUUGUAUGACACAAACCGAUUUCAAAACCGAUACUAGUAAUGAAUAUGCAUUUCGUAAGUACCCAAAAGGUUAUGAUCAUGCAUGUAAAUGUAAAGAACGAACUCCAAGCAAUACAUCCAAUCCAAAAAUUGAAGGGAAUUUGGGAACUAAUGAAAACGAGUGCAAUUUAGGUACAAAAAGUUCUUUUAUCAAUAAAAAUGAUGAUGGUGGUCCAAAUAGUGGUGAAAUAAUUACACGAACACCAUGUGGUACUCAUUAUGUAAGUGGAGCAGGAGGAAGAAUAUCGAAAAUCGGAAGAGAUAAAGAAGGAAAGAAAGAAUGGGCAUGUAAAGACAAUAAAGAUAGGGAUCCAAAUAAAAGCCCGUGCGUUCCUCCACGAGUUCAAGAAAUAUGUUUAGGAUAUUUAGAUAACGAUCAACUUGGUGACAAAAUUACAAACACCAGUAGAACUGAUGACAAGGAAAAAUUUAGUGAAGUUAAUAAUAAAUUUUUAAAAGAAGUUUUAAUAACAGCAAAGUUCGAAGGACAAGAACUAUGGGAUACCUUUGUCACAAGAUAUAGAGGCAAAAAUAUGCAAGAAAAUAAAGAAAAAGCUUGCGAUGCAAUCAAACGAAGUUUUCAUGAUUUAGGCGAUUUAAUUAAAGGUACAAAUAUAUGGCAUGAUGAAAAUACAAAUAAUGCAAACGUUGUAGAAGAACAACUUAAGACAAUAUUUGGAAAACUAUACGAAUAUUAUAAAAAUAUGAAUAAUAGUCCACCUAAUAAUCGCAUACAUUAUAAUGAUGAUAAAGAAUUUCGAAAAGGUUGGUGGGCAACACACAAAGACAAAAUAUGGAACGCAUUCAAUUGUAACAAAAAGUGUAAUUUUGACACAACAGCACCUGAUGAUAAACCGCAAUUGUUACGAUGGUUAGAAGAAUGGUCGGAAGAGUUCUGUAAAGAAAGGAAAAAACAAUUGGAAGAUAUGAAAAUCAAUUGUGAAGAAUGCAAAAGUAAAAUGGCUAAUCAAAGCGAUGGAACUAUAUGCAAAGAAAAUAAAUGCUCAGAAUGUAUAAAUAAAUGUACCAAGUAUAAGGAGUGGAAAAAUACAUGGGAAGAACAUUGGAAAAAAUUACAACAGUACUACAUAAAGCAAAGCAAGCUAUUUGAUAGUGAACUUCAUAAAUAUUUGAAAGAUCAAAAUGCAAAUGACAAAGAAAUGAAUGAACUUAUUAUAAAUGGUUUUGACGGUAAUAAUUGCACAUAUGAAAAAACAUUGAAAAGUGGUAUGGCUUUUAUGGAUACACCACAUGAAUACUCUAAUGAAUGCGAUUGCGAAGAAAAAUUAAGAUUACGAAAAAUUGCGGAUCAAAAUAAUUCUGCAGGUACCACAUCAGAAAAAUCAAAGAUAUGUGACGGCGUCUUUGCUGGUACAUGGGAUAUAUGGGAUUGUACAACACAAAGUAAUAUAUGUGUAAAAAAAGAUAGUAAUUACGAUGUAAAUAAUGUUCAUGAAAAAUUUGAUGAAUUAUUUGAUGAAUGGGUAAAUUCCUUUUUAAAUGAACAAAAGCAGUUGAAAGAAAAAACAAACGGAUGCAUGACUUUAAAUUCAGAAAAAUGUCCUCAUGGUUGUCAAAAUAAAUGUCUGUGUUAUAAAAAAUGGGUAAAUAAAAAAAACGAAGAAUGGAGAAAACAAAAAAAGUAUUACGAAGUAUAUGGUAAACGAAAAGGCAGUUCUGGUAAUUUUGGUUCAGGAGGGGUUGGUACUAUAGGUGGCCUAGAACAAAAUGCUGAACGUUAUGUGACUUUGACCUAUAAGAAACAACUUGAGGAAGCACUAGAACCGCCGGAAAGUAUAGCAGCAGUUCUAGAAAAACAGGAAAAGGACCCGAACUAUGAUCCUAUCAAUAGCAUAUUAGCUAAAGAAUUAGAAAAAUCAAACCAAUGCACCAAAAAUUGUCCUGUAAACAUACCAUGUGAUGAAAAAGGGUUCAAGAAUGAUUGGACAUGCGAGCAAGAACGUCCAGACAAAAAAACACCUAACAAUAAUAAAUAUUGUUUGCACGUUAAUAAAAAAAAAACAGAUGAAAUAGAAGAUAAAUAUUUUUUUUUUGAUGUUUUUAACGAUUGGUUAGAACAUGUAUCUGGACAUAUCAAUGAUAAUUUGAAUAUGUUGGAAGAAACGUGUAAUGGACAACAUAUUGAUAAUCAAAAAAAAGAUUUAUGUAAAAAUUGUAAAGAUGAUUGUGAAUGCUAUAAAACAUGGAUAGACAACAUAAAAACACAAUGGGUAAAACAAAAGGGAUAUUACGAUAAAUAUAAACAAAAUGAUGAUGAAAUGAAAAAUAUUGAUCUUAAUAUAUAUUUGAAAGCUUAUUGUAUGUCUAAAAAUAAUAAUAAAGAAAUCGAUUGUACUUCUAAAGAUAGUAAGAAAAAUAUAUAUGAUGAAAUGUUCGAUAAUGCCGAUAUUAAAAAAACGAGUGUGUGCGACGAAUGUAAUGAUGAAAACGAAAAUCGAAAUCGUCAAUCACAAGAACAAAUUUGUGAGGAAACUAAUAGUUCUAUGAAUGGUAUAUGUAAUGAAAAAGUAUAUGAUGGGAAAAUAAAUGAUACGAGUAAAAUCCAAAAAAAGUGGAUAUCAUCUAUAUAUACAAAAAAAGAAACAAUUAAAGAUAUACGUGUUCCUCCUAGAAGACAACAGUUAUGUAUCUCAUAUCUUAAGGAUGACAAUAAUAUUAAGGAUGAAUCUGAUUUAAAAAAAUAUUUAAAAGCCUCUAUUAUGAACGAAACAAAACAAUUAAUCACAUAUUAUAAAACUGUAAAUCCUGUAACAGGAAAUAGUAAUUCAAUUAAUGAUCCAAAGGGUUUACCUAAAGGAUUUUGUAAAGCAGUAGAACGAAGUUUUGCGGAUAUAGGAGAUUUUGUUAAAGGAACAAAUUUGGAUUACGCUGGAGAUUCAACAAAUGUAGAAAGUAAUAUAAAAACAUUUUUUGAGUUUAAACAUAAAACAGAAAAUCGUAAAAAUUGGUGGGAACAAAAUAAACGAGAAUUGUGGAAGGCAGUUAAAUGUGGAAUAAAAAAAGUUGGUAACAAUGGUUCGGACUGCCCCCAAAAUCUUGAUUUUGAUCGUCGUGAUCAAUUUUUAAGAUGGUUUGAAGAAUGGGGAAUUUAUUUUUAUAAAGAAUACGAAAAAAAAAUACAAAAAAUUAAAACUGAAUGCGACAAAAAUGUGAAAACAAGUAAAUGUACUGGUGGGAAACUAAAUGGACAAUGCAAUAAAGAUUGUCUUCAUUGUGAAAAAGCUUGUAACGAUUAUAAAAAUUGGAUAAAAAAUGAAAAAGAAGCUGAAUGGAACGAUCAGUCAAAAAAAUAUAAUGAUGACCAAAACAAAGAAAAAUAUUCUGACUAUGACAGUAUGGCAGAUAUGGUUUCUCCUACAGCAUAUUUAAAUUUUAGUUGUAUGGAAGAUAAAUGUCCAUAUAUAGAUUAUCCAAAUGUUAUGAAACUUCAAGAUAAAACAUAUAAAUCAUAUUGUGUUUGUGAAAGUGAUGAGUAUAAAGAUCGAGAGAAAAAUAGAAAUACCAGUUCUCCUUCUAGUAGUACGACUGCGUCAACCACUAUAACAGCAAAUAAUAUAUGUAAUAUGGCCACUUCAAUUAAACAUUGUAAUUACAAAAAUUUCAAAAACACGUACUGGACAAAUUCUAAAGUUAAUGAUCCUUAUGGAAAUAAAAUAUAUGGAGUGUAUGCCCCACCAAGAAGACAAAAAUUAUGUAUUGUAAAUUUAGUCCUACAUUCCACUAAUAAAACUAAUUUGGAACAAUCCUUGCUUACAAAUGCAAAAAAUGAAGCUGAAUUGUUAUUGAAAUAUUAUAAAAAAAAACAUAAUGUUGGUUCUAAUAGUAAUACUGGUCAAGCUCCUCCUGGAUAUUGUGAAGCCCUUAAAAGAAGUUUUUCCGAUUUCGGUGAUUUAAUAAAAGGAAAAGAUAUUCAUGAUGCUGGAUAUUCAUCUAUGGCAAAAAAUCGUUUGAAACAAAUUUUUAAAGACAUAGCUAAAGAAAAAAACAAAGGAGCCGAUCCUACUGAUUUUGAUAUUGAAGAAGAACGCAAAAACUGGUGGGAAUCGAAAAAAAAUAAUGUCUGGAAAGCGAUGACUGAAUGUAAUAAUAACGUUUGUUCUAGUGUUCCCGCCCCUGAUGAUGAUAAAAAACCGCAAUUUUUACGAUGGUUAGAAGAAUGGUACGAAAAUUUUUGUGAAGAACAUACAAAUGAAUUAAAGGAUUUAAAAUCGAAAUGUUCUGUUGGAGACGGUUGCAAAAUUCCUUGUGAUAAUAUAUGUGAAAUUUGUAAGAAAGCAUGUGAUAAAUAUAAUUCUUGGUUACGAACAAAAACAAAUGAAUGGAACGGUCAAAAAACAUAUUUUGAAAAAAAAGUAAAUAAUGCUAAUGAUCUAGAAAAUGAAUAUUAUAAAACAUACACAAAAAGUUAUAAUGAUGCCAAAACUUAUUUAGAAAACGAAUGUCAAAAUAAAUGUGUUUGUUACAACAAUGGUGGUCAAAUUAAUAAAUAUAAAGAUAUAGAUAAAAUAAUCCUUAAAAAUGACGACGAUUACAAACCAUUUAAAUCUAAAUGCCCACAAUGCAAAUAUUAUAUGAUUACAGAAAAAGCUAAAGAAAUAUAUAAACAAAACACUACAGGAAACGUUCAACCAUCAUCAUCUACAAAAUCACAGGAUUCACCAAAAGGACCUAAUAAUAAAGGUAAUGAUGUUCCUGGUGCGAAACCUGCUUCUCCAAAUGCAACUCCACAUAAUCAAGAAACAAAAAACCAACGUGAUAAGGUGGAUCGUGGUACUGUGUAUAAAGGUCCUACUAUAAAUGAAGGAGGAGGAACAGGCGGUGUUGAAAUUCAUACCAUCCCGGAUAACCCAUCUGAACAGGGAAGAGGAAAUGUUAGUCCACAACCUGAUGGCCAAAUAUCUAAUGUAGAUCCUGGAAGUAACAAACCACAGCCUGCACAAGCACCAACACAAAAAACACCGUGCAAAAUAGUGGAAGAAAUACUUAAGAAAAAAGACGAAAAUACUGGUAAAAUAGAAUAUUGCAAUAAAAAAGAUCCAGUAAAUUGGAAUUGCGAUAAAGAUCAGUUUAAAAACGCUGAAAAUAAUGGAGCAUGUAUGGCUCCUAGAAGACAAAAACUGUGCCUAUACUACUUAGCAAAAACAACCAUUAGUGACGAUACCACUUUACGAGAAGCAUUUAUAAAAACUGCCGCUGCAGAAACUAAUUUGUUAUGGGAUAAAUACAUAGAGGAUAUAAAAAGAGAAAAUGCACAAACAGCAAACAAACUAGAAGAGGAUUUAAAAAAAGGAACAAUCCCUGAAGAAUUUAAACGUCAAAUGAUCUACACGUUUAGCGAUUUAAAAGAUUUAUGUUUAGAUAAAGAUAUAGGUAAAAAAACUCCAAAUGGUGAUGUGCAGAAGGCAAGAGAUAAUAUAGAUAAGGUUUUUAAAAAAAGUGGACAACCUAGUGGCCAAGUUGAUGAAAAAACACGUAAAACCUGGUGGGACCAAAAUGCCAGUGAUAUAUGGGAAGGAAUGGUUUGUGGUUUAUCACAUCAUAUCAAAGGUGGUGACACGGAACGGCAAAAACUUACCACAAAAGGUGACUACAAAUACGGAAAUGUGAAAUUCGAUGGUCCAAGUGGUACCAAAUUGUCCAAAUUUGUUGAAAGACCUCAGUUUUUACGUUGGUUCUUCGAGUGGUCAGACGAAUUUUGUAGGGAACAGAAAAAGAUGUAUGACGAUUUGAAGAGGGGUUGUAAGGGCUAUACGUGUGGAGUUACUGAUAAAGAAAAGAAAGUACAAUGUACUAAAGCUUGUAAAAAUUAUAAGGACUUUAUUGACGAAUGGAAAAAGUCUUAUGAGAGUCAAAAAGGGAAAUUUGAUAAAGAUAAAGAAGGAAAAGUGUUUGAGAAAACUCUUGUUAAAAAAGAUAUAGAUGAGGCAGAAAAUGCUCGCGAUUAUUUAGACAAACAAUUAAAAAAAAUUUGCGAUAAAAAUAGUGACUGUUCUUGUAUGGAAAAACCUUUCAAACAAUUAAUACAAACAUCAAAAAUGCGACAUCGUUUUAUUAUUCAUUUUCAUAUGCCAGAAUCAUUAGAUUAUCCUCCAAACGAGCUUAAAAACCAGUGUGAUUGUCCUGAAAUUCCAAAUCAAAAAUCUAAAUAUGAAAAAAUUCAAAUUCCUGAACCUAAAAUACCUAUGAAUUGUGUAGAGAAAACAGCAUAUUAUUUAUCUAAAGAAGCAGAAAACAAUAUGGAAAGUACAUUGAAGCAAGAAAUAUCAACUAUUGAUUGUACAAGGGAAAAUAAAAAUUCUUCUACUAUUGAACAAUAUUGCAAUCCAAAUACAUCUUAUUCACCUGAUAAUUAUGUAAAAACUGAAAACCUAUGUGACGAUAAAGGAAAAUACCGUUUUAAUAAAAAUUCUCAAUGGAAUUGUUACAAAAAUGCAAACAUUUAUCAAGAGAAAAAACAAGUAUGUGUACCUCCAAGAAGAGAACAUAUGUGUAUAAGGAAAAGAGAUGAAAUUAAAAUUCAAAGAGCUAAAGAUAGUAAUUUUCUGCUAAAUAUGAUUAGAGGUAUCGCUCGAAAUGAAGGAAUAGACAUAAUAAAAAACAUAAACGUCAAGAACGAAUGUGAUCUUAAUCCUAUAUGUGAUGCUAUGAAGUAUAGUUUCGCGGAUAUAGGGGAUAUAAUUAGAGGAAGAGAUAUGUUACGAAUUGAUGGAGAAGUUCCUUCUGUUGAAAAAAAAUUACAGCACAUUUUUAUGAAAUUAUUUGUACAAUGGGAAAGAGAAAAUGCUGAAAACAAAAAUGCAUAUCCCUAUUUAUCAUCUUUUCGUUCUGCUUGGUGGGAUGCUAACAGAAAAGAAGUAUGGAAAGCAUUGACUUGCAAAGCACCAAAAAAUGCAAAACUUUAUAUAACAGGAAAAACGGGUGAAUUUGAACGUUUAACAAUCACGCAAAAUAAAUGUGGACAUAAUGAUGAUCCUCCAGUCGAUGACUAUAUACCUCAAAGGUUUCGAUGGAUGACUGAAUGGUCUGAAUAUUUCUGUAAUGCAUUAAUGGUAGAAUUGGAAAAAUUUAAAAAUCCAUGUGAUCACUGUAAAACAAGUGACCAAUGCAAGAAUGAUUAUGAUAAGAAUAAUUGUGAAAUGUGUAAAAAGAGAUGUCAAGAAUAUAAGGAUUUUGUUCUUAAAUGGAAAUCUCUAUUCGAUAUACAAUCAAUAAAUUACAAACGUUUAUAUGAACAAUCAAUAGAUACUAAUGUCUAUACUUAUGAUUAUGUUAAAAAUUUUGUACAAAAGUUGAAAAAAAUUAAAAAUGAAUGUUCAGUUGAAAGUCUUUCUGAAUAUUUACAUGAAACUAGUAAGUGCGUCAAUUAUAAAUUUAAUGAAAAUGAUGAUUCUUCUAAACCCAUAUAUGCUUUUGAAACACCUCCAAAAUUUUAUAAAGAAGCUUGUAGUUGCACAUACCCUACAAAGAAUGCAUUGGAUAAUUGUCCUGAUGAUAGAAAUAAAGAUGUAUGUAAGGAAUUACAAACGUUUACAUUAUGCGCGAAAGAUCAGUAUGAUAAUAAUAUUGAUAAUUGGAAUGCAUACCUUGUUCGUAAUAAUUCCAGUGACAAUUUUGGUGUAGUUAUACCUCCUAGAAGAGUACAUUUAUGUACAAGAAAUUUAACUGGAAAUAGAUAUCGACAAAAUGAAAAAGAUAAAUUGAAAAAAAAUCUUGUUGAUUCUGCUUUUAGUCAAGGAGUGCUUUUAGGAAAAAAAUUUAAAAAUUAUGAAGAUGAAGGUCUCGAAUCUAUGAAAUUUUGUUUUGCGGAUUAUGGAGAUAUAAUUAAAGGUACUGAUAUGAAGGAAGGUAAAAAUGUUGAUGAUUUCAAUAAAGAUUUACAUCAAAUAUUUAAAAAUAAUAGUGGGAAUAAGGAGAAAAUUACUAAUAAUCGUAAAAAUUGGUGGAAUCAAAAUAAAAAACAUGUUUGGCACGCUAUGUUAUGCGGAUAUAAAAAAGGAGUAACUGAACCAGCAAUAUCUAAACGAAAAAGAGGAAAAUCAUCUUGGUUAUCAUUUUUUCCCCAUUCUUCAACACCAGCAGCUGCAAAUAUUCCCGAUAAUUGGUGCCAAUUAACUACUGAAGAUGAAAGUCCUCAAUUUCUUCGUUGGUUUAAAGAAUGGACUAAAAUUUUCUGUACUAAAAGAAAUAAAUUGUAUGAAGAGGUACAGAAUACAUGUAAAUUAGCUAAAUGUAAUACUGCGGAUGGAACAAUUGACACAGAAAAGUGUCAAAAAGCUUGUGAUGAAUAUAGUAAUUUUAUUUCGAUCAAAAAAGAAGUGUAUCAGGCACAAAAGAGUCAAUACGAUAAGAAUUAUAAAAAUAAAAAUUGUGGUGGUAGAGAAGCUGAAGAUUAUUUGAAAAUUAAAUGUAAAGAGGGUAAAUGUGAUUGUCUCUUUCAAAAUUUUAAGGAUGGAACAAAUUGGCAAAAUCCAUAUGAAUCGCUGGAUGGUACUAUUAAAGAUAAAUGUGAUUGUAAAAUUAUUCCACCUGCUCCUACAACUCCAGAACUUGCUCCACCAGUACCAGAACACAAAGAUGCCACAGAACCUGUUAUACCAUCAUUUCCACAAAAUGACGAACCAGAUGUCACAAAUAACAUAUUAUCAUCUACACUCCCCGUUGGAAUAAGUUUUGCCUUAGGUUCCAUCGCUUUAUUAUUUUACCUGAAGAAAAAACCCAAAAGUUCUGUGGAUAUUUUUCGUGUGCUUGAUAUACCCCAAAACGAUUAUGGAAUACCUGAUGAAACAUCCACCAAUAGAUAUGUACCAUAUGGCAAAUAUAAAGGCAAAACCUACAUAUAUGUAGAAGGAGACGAACCGGACCAUUAUAAUUAUCUUCGUGAUAUAUCAUCUUCAGACCUAACAUCAUCAGAAAGUGAGUAUGAAGAGAUAGAUAUAAAUGAUAUAUAUCCAUAUAAAUCUCCAAAAUAUAAAACUUUGAUCGAAGUGGUACUAAAACCAAGCAAAAAAACAUAUGAUGUACAGGAUGAUACCUCUAGGUAUCAAAAGGAUGAUAGUUAUAAACUUACAGAUAAUGAAUGGAACCAAAUAAAACAGGAUUUUAUUGCACAAUAUUUACAAAACAUACAAAUGAAUUUACCUAAUGAGAAUAUCAUUGAUGAUAAUGUGUAUAAGGAUACACUACCUAAUAUUUUAGACAUUAAUAUAGAAGAAAAGCCUUUUAUUACUCAAAUCCAAGAUAGAGUUUUACAUGAUGAUCACGAGGUUACUUAUAAUAUUAAUUGGAAUAUACCAAAACAAAAUGAAAUAAUAAGUAAUACAAUGGGUGAUCCAAAAUAUGGUUCAUCAAAUGAUCAAUAUACUGGAAUUGAUUUAAUUAAUGAUUCGUUAAAUCGUAAUCAACAUAUUGAUAUUUAUGAUGAAUUGCUCAAAAGGAAAGAAAAUGAAUUAUUCGGGACUAAACAUACAAAAAAUACAACUUUUAAUCGUGUUGUAAAUGAAACAUAUAGUGAUCCUAUAAGUAAUCAAAUAUAUUUGUUUCAUAAAUGGUUAGAUAGACAUAGAGAUAUGUUCAACCAAUGGAAUAAUAAGGAAGAAAUGUUGAACCUAUUGAAUGAAGAGUGGAAUAAGGAAAAUAUAGAACAUAUAUUGGAUACAUCAUCAACUUAUGAUGAUAUUAAUACAAUUAAUGAUGAAAAUUAUAAUUUGAUUAAUACAAACAAAUAUGAUGCUAAUGAAAAAACAUCUCUUGAACAUCUUAGAUCUACAAAUAUUCCAUAUAAUAAUCUUACAAUUCAAAAUAAUAAUUUUCAAACAAAGAAUUUAGUCACAAAUAUAUCUAUGGAUAUACAUUUUAAUGAAAAAAAUAAUGUGGAAACCACUAAUGUAACACAUGAAGAGGAUCAUUUGGAAUAUAUGUAUAAUUCUUGA